AUGAGAGUAUCCGAGAAAUUACAGAAGAAUCUGGAUUCUGCUGAAAAGUCGAAAGCCACUUUCUCUUUCGAGUUUUUCGUUCCAAAAACUUCGCAAGGUGUCCAAAACUUGUACGACAGGAUGGACAGAAUGUACCAGACUCGUCCUCAAUUUAUCGAUAUAACUUGGAAUGCAGGAGGUAAACUGUCGCAACUGUCAACAGAUCUGGUGUCAACCGCUCAAUCCGUGCUGGGUCUUGAGACCUGCAUGCACCUAACUUGUACGAACAUGCCAGUAGAGCUGAUUGAUGACGCACUUGCCAAAGCGUACGAAUCUGGCUGUCAAAACAUUCUGGCCUUGAGAGGUGAUCCACCUGUGACCACGGGCGAGUGGAAACAGUGCGAAGGUGGAUUUGCCUACGCCAAGGAUCUGGUGAAAUAUAUCCGGGAAACAUAUGGUGACCAUUUUGAUAUCGGUGUUGCUGGAUACCCUGAGGGCCAUCCUGAAGAAGAAGCCACCCCACAGCUGAUUGACUUCUUGAAAGAAAAGGUGGACGCAGGUGCCAAUUUCAUCAUCACGCAAAUGUUCUACGAUGCUGACAUUUUCAUCGACUGGUGUCGUCAACUCCGCGAAGUCGGUAUCGACGUUCCGAUCAUUCCUGGAAUUAUGCCCAUCACUACGUAUGCCGCUUUCUUGCGUAGAGCAAACUGGUGCCAGAUCCACAUCCCAGACGAGUUCCAAGCCGCAUUAGACCCUGUCAAGGAGGACGACCAGGCCGUCCGUGAAGUCGGUACCAAGCUGCUUGCAGCAAUGUGUCAAAAGCUGCUGGAUAGUGGCUAUGUGACGCAUUUGCACAUGUACACCAUGAACCUGGAAAAAGCGUCAUUGAUGAUUUUAGACAGACUAGGGCUUCUAGCCGAGGAAGAGGACAUUUUCAGGGAUGAAGUGGUACCUAUGCCUUGGAGAAAAUCUCUGCAUCCACAACGUAAAAAUGAGUCGGUGCGUCCUAUUUUUUGGCAAAGAAGACCAUAUUCGUAUGUGGCACGUACCUCAGAAUGGUCUGCGGACGAAUUUCCUAAUGGUAGAUUUGGGGAUUCUUCCUCGCCAGCUUUUGGUGACCUGGAUUUGUUGGGAUCGAGUUUGAUCAGACAAUCGCCCCAGCGUGCUUUGGAACUGUGGGCUACUCCAAAAACAAUCACUGAUAUCUCCAAUUUGGUUAUCGGCUACUUGCAAGGUAAGAUAAAGUGUCUACCAUGGUGUGACGUGGCUUUGAACCACGAGGUCGAUUCCAUCAUGCCAGAGCUGUUGGAUUUGAACAAACACCAGAUUGUGACCUUGAACUCCCAACCUCGCGUCAACGGCAUAGACUCAAGCGAUAGCGUUUUUGGCUGGGGUCCCAAAAAUGGGUACGUUUUCCAAAAAGAGUACUUGGAGUUUUUGCUGCCCAAGUCCAAACUAUCGCAGUUCAUCGACCUCAUCGGCAAUGGCACUAGCCUAACCUACUUCGCCGUUGAUGCCGCGGACAAGCUAUACUCCAAUCAUCCUGACGAUACUGCUGCCAACGCUGUCACAUGGGGCAUCUUUCCUGGCCGCGAAGUGCUGCAACCCACAAUUGUGGAAAAAGUGUCGUUUUUGGCGUGGAAGGAAGAGUUCUUCCACAUCUUAGAGGAAUGGCGACUAAUCUUAAGCCAGGACGGCCACAAUGACAGCGCUACGCUUCUCGACACCCUCACCAGCGAUUAUGCUUUGGUGAACAUCGUCGAUAACGAUUUCGUGACUCCGGGCGAUCGUAUUCACGAUCACCUCAAGAGUCUGUACUGA